GGAGCAGCAGCGAGCGGCGGGCUGAUACAGCGGGACCGGCUGGGACUAGUUCUCAGGCGUGAUUUGGAAAGAUAACGCUACAUACGGGGAGCCCGGGGAACGAAAAAAAAAAGAAAGAAAAAAACACCCACAGAGACAGCUUUUUAAAAACCACGGAGCCGCCACGGUGACAACAUGAACCCGACAGCUGCGGAGGUAAUUACCCGCCGCCGUCGAGUGUAGCUCCGCGGCCGCAGCUGGACCUUGACGGCGGCGUCACUUCGGAGCCACGGGAAUCUUGUUUUUUUUUUUUUUUUUUUUUAAUGGGACACAACCGGGGCUUCCCCCACCGCUCCGUCGUCUGUUUUCCCGCCGUGACAGCCUCCCCUUCGGCUAGUAUCGACUCAGCACCGAGGUCUCCGCGUCUUAUGGACUCGGAACAGUAGUUUUUUCGAAGCUUUUUCUGCCGCUCGGCGGACUGACGGACGCGGCAGUCAUGUUCGCGGUGCGCAUCGUCACCGCAGACUACUAUGUGGCAAGUCCCCUCAAAGACCUGGACGUGUGCUAUUCUGAAUUCAGGGAGAGCGACGUGAAGAAAGUGCCGGUGGUGCGGAUAUUUGGAGCGACACCAGCAGGCCAGAAGACAUGUCUCCACCUCCACGGUGUGUUCCCUUACAUCUACGUGCCAUACGAUGGCUAUGCGCAGAAACCAGAACGAUACCUGCGGCAGGUGGCCUUCAGCAUCGACAGGGCCCUCAAUGUUGCCAUGGGAAACCCCUCCUCCAACGUCCAGCACGUCUUCAAGGUGGUCCUGGUCUCUGGCAUGCCUUUUUAUGGUUACCAUGCCAAGGAGAAGCACUUUAUGAAGAUCUAUCUGUACAAUCCACAGAUGGUCAAAAGAGUGUGUGAGCUGUUACAAAGUGGUGCAGUGAUGAACAAGAUUUACCAGCCUCACGAAGGCCACAUCCCCUACCUGCUGCAGCUCUUCAUAGACUACAACCUGUACGGCAUGAACCUGGUUAACCUGGGUGCUGUCAAGUUCCGCAGGAGUCACAACAAAGAAGAAGAAGAAGCAGCAGCAGCAGCAGCAGCAGCAGCAGCAGCCGCCCCAGAAAAACCAACAGCCUCCAGCAGUCGACCCAGCAUCAGCCCCUGGAAGAGCCCCUGUACCUCCAAGCUCAAUGACAGCACCCUGGGGGGCACAUUUGUCCGCUGGGAGGAGAACGCCAUACCCUGCUCUUUAGUUCUGGACGAGGUGCAGAAGCAGAGCACCUGCGAGCUGGAGGUCGAUGCCGUAGCUGUAGACGUCCUCAACCGCCUUGAGAUCGAAAAUCAGAUUGGCAGGAACCCCGGCCUGCAGGCCAUCUGGGAGGACGAGAAGCAGAGGAGGAGAGGGAAGAACCAGAACUCUCAGAUAGAAACCCCCGAGUCACAAGAUCGCGGUUUUGUCACUUCAACAGAGAGCGAGAAAAUCUUCCUGAAGAGAUUCAAGGAGAUCCUGAAAGAGAACGAGUUUGACGUGACACAAGAUUUGUCUGUUGGCGAUGGGCAGGACCAAGAGGAUUUCAAUGACUUUACCCUCCACUUCGACCCCUCGACCUCAGACGGACCCCCGUGUACUCCUGCUAAUGCCGUGGAGAUGCACAGGGACUCUGAGCCAGACUCUGUGAGGAGCAGUGGUAAAGUCCCCGAGGAGGCUGUCGUUGAUGAAGAGGCCAUCCUCAGUCUCCUGGAGAACAGUCAGACUUUCCUCCCACUCUCCCAGACGUCCAGCCACUCGCCCCUGCUCGACAACAGCCAAGACCACACCAUCAUCGAUUUGCUGGCAGGCCUGGAGAACGAUGGUUUCUGCAGGACCCCCGUUCGGCAGAAUUCCCAGUCACGCUCCCUCUCUGGUGCCAGGAGUUACCACUACAACAGCGAUGAAGAGGAAGCAGGGCCAGAGCUGGACAAGGAGGAGGCAGAGCUCAGCGUAGUAAUGUCACAGCGGUGGGACAACGAGCCUCCGGAGGGCUCAUCCCCACCGAGGCCCGGUAUGAAGGAGGCAGAGGACGGCUUCAGUGACGAGCAGCAGGACUCCUGUGACGAAGACAUGGAGUGGAGCGGGAACAGCUCUCUGUUCGCCAACCUGUCCAUCCCCCAGCUCGACGGGGCGGCAGACGAGAGCAGCGAUUCAUCUUUAACAGACAGCGGCUCUAUGACGCAGUCUUCACUCAUAGUCGCGGAAAAGAUGCUGGGGAAAAGAAAUCCCUUCCCUGUGGAGACUGUCCACCUGGAGUCACCUUCCUCAGCUAAGAUCCUCCUGGAGUGCAAACAUCCUGAGCACAGACCGGUUCAUGUGUUGGACACGGAGCAACCUCUUGACAAGCACUUUCAGUUAAAAAGCAGCCAGGACAGCAGCAGUGAAUGUUCAACAGGGUUCAAGGUUAAUAAAGAAAUCCCCUACAUCCUGCCAGUUAAGCACCCCAUCCCAUGUAAAAUAGCCAAUCACCCCGAGGCGUCUCCCAUCUGCGUGGACAAAGAGGACAUACGACCCCUGUACACCUACGACAAGAAAACCUCGAUAGCUUUGGAUAAAACAGAUCUAGAAAGUUUCCCGUUUGGUAAUGGAAAAGUCAUGAAGAACAGGAAGAAGUACGGCAGCAUAAAGAAUGUAGAAACAAACUGUCUGUCCAUUCUUCAGAACCACAGGACCUUCUCUCUCUGUUACUCAGAGCUGAGAAACUGCUCAGCUAAGACGGAGCUGGAGCUGAGCACAAAGGAAAGUAAAAGCCCCAUCCUGAGGAACAUCGCCUCGGCCCCGUCACCCAUGAAGGAGGAUGAGUUUCUUGAUCCUCAGGAGGAAGAAAUGGGCCAGGACAGUGAGGAGGGAGAUGUUGGCGAACUCAAAAUCAGGUACGAAGACUAUCAGGAAAAUAAGACUGAGAGGACUAUCGUGGCCCAGCAAGAGGCACACUACAAGUUCUUCCCCAGCGUCAUUCUCUCCAACUGCCUCAGCAGGAAGAAAGCUGGAAACAAAAAGCUAACCGAUAGCUGCAGCAAGCUCGAACAGGUGCAGCCUCGCAGGUCUAAGCUAAAGAUGAACAAAAAAAGGUUAGGGAUGGCAGGACAUAGGAACAAAUUAAAGAUCGUUCAAAGCUCUACCUCUGACAGCCAGGUUAACACUGGCCUCCCCUCAGUCACACCUCCUAGUCCAGUGACCGCAGACACGGAGAUGCCAGUUUCAGAAGAUCAACCAAUGGAAGAGGCUGAGCCAAUUAAAGAUGAGCCAAUUGUAAAAGAGGAGUCAGAAAGUGAGGAGAGGUCUGUAAACGAGCAAACAGGAUCACUUUCAGGGCCCAAUUUGCCUUCCUCUGAGUCCUCUUUUCCUGAGGAAUCUAAAGACUUUGUAGAGGACAGGUUGAGCCCAACGCAAGAUUUAUCCACUAAAGUCACCUGUACGAAACCAUCAGCGCUGCCUGGGAGUAAAUACACCCUGAGAGCCAAACGGAAGAUGAACUACGAUGGUGAGGAUGGAGAACACUCAGCUGUCACUCGUUCUAAAAACCCAGCAGGCACUAAAGAACGGCUCAAGGACAGCAACGUCUCAACCGGGCAGGAGCUAAAAUACCAGAAAAGACGCAAGAAGGAGCCUCCGAUCAUCAUCAAAUACAUUAUUAUCAACAGGUUCAAAGGACAGAAAAACAUGCUGGUGAAGAUGUCCAAAGUAAAUUCAGAGGAGCAGCUGGUGUUGUUGACACCAGACAAGAUAGAGCAGUACAACAAACUGGCCCCUCUCAAGGAUUUCUGGCCCAAAGUGCCAGAAUCCACUGCCGUCAAGUUUCCCAUCACUGAGCCAAAGGCCAAAAAACACCCCAAAAGAAAGGCAAAGGUCAACUCCACGAACAAGAAAGUGGUCAGCAACUCGUCCAAACCUCGCAUCAAACAGAGCGAAAGAGUCAAAAGGACUAAAGGCUGUCAAAGAGGCCUAAUCCUGCCCUCUCUACCGCCCCCUCGGCCAUGUUACUGUGAGCUAGCAGAAGAUCAUGACAUUGAGUACACAGAUGUCAUGGUAGAGUUGGGCUACCUCUCUGAUAGAUCCCCGAGCCCCACAGAGUCAACGCCUCCGCGUUGUUGGUCCCCAAGUGACCCUCUGAUGGACACUGGGGGUUCAGAACAGCUCAUAAAUCCACUCAGUGACCCAUGUCUUAGUUCUGCUUAUCACAAGCCAAACACAGUGACUUCAACCAAAGCAGCACAAAGUAAGUGUCAAACUGCCAAACCUAAGAAGUCCACAGAAACUAAAAGGAAAGUAAACAAGACUGCUAUGAAGCCUCCAGAGGCAGAAGAGGCCAAAAAAGAGAAAUCAAAACAAAGUGGUGCUGCUGCUUCAAGGCGGAGAAAGAAAGCUGAAAGUCUGGCUGAAGAUACUGUAAACAGUUCUGCAACCACUACAAGACCGAGAAGGUCUCGGAAAAAGAAAAGCGAGGAACCUAAAAACCAUGACUUAAGUAAAGACAACUCCCAGCUCCUUUUCCCAGAAGAUGAGUCACCUAACUCUGAGAAUUCCUCUCAGGAGGUCCCUCCAUUUCAGCAGCCAGUGAGCACAGAUAGCCACAGCCAGUCCCAGACUCCAUCUGCACCAGAAUCCAACUCAGCAGCCCAGUUUAUAGAACCAAAGGUUGAGGACUGUGAGACUUCCAUUAUGGAGGUCAACCAAAGCAUUUCAGCACCAGCUCAGAUGAAGCAGCAAGCUUGCCAGACCACUGCGGUAAAGGUAGAAUCUUCACAAGAGGAGUUAGUGGCUUCUCCACCUCCAGCAGCUGUACGACCCUCACAGGAACAAAGUAAAGGUGUUCAGCCAGCGGCAGUCUCCCCACACUCAGGCCCGAAGAACGGGGAGAUCCCUACUCUCUCUGAGACCCCCUCUGGCUUGGCUGUCCUGAAGCAACUUCUCCAGAAGAGGCAGCAGGGACAGGCCCUUCCCAUGCAGGUGGUCGGUACAGACAGCCACUCCACUGCCAUAGCUCAGGCAGCAGCCCUUCUAAGUCCCACAGCUAAACCUGCUAAAUCCAGAAGAGCCCCCUCCACAGCUCCUCGGAAACCCAGGGCCCCAAAGUCGAACACUCCCAAGGAUAAAAAACCCAGAGCAAAGAAGGGCAAGACAAGCAGCACUCAGCCCGAUCUAUCAGUGAAGCAGGAGGGCAACAUGUCAGACGACUGCCCCCUCUUCCUGUCAGAGCCAGGACUGGACAGCUGCUUCAUGGAGGACAGCUUGUCACCAGAGCUCCCACACAACUACACCUUCGAUAUAAACGCCAUUGAUCAGACAGAGUUCUCCAGUCCGUAUAGCGGCAGUCAGUUUGUCCUGACUGAUAAAAACUUACCUGCUAAGUUCCUGAGUGAUAUUAGCCAGGAGGCUGUUUCUGCUCAGGCACUGGGCUUUGAGAAGAAACUUGAUAAGCUGGUUAAUUCUGUAGAGGAUCUUCAAAGAGGAUCUGACUGCCAGAAAGCAAGACCCGUCAGCCCUGAACUCUUCGAUAGACCAGAGAACGGGGAGUCUGCAACGAAUCUCACGCUGCUCGAGUCUGAGAAAACCAGGAGCAGAGAGUGGGACUUCUCUUUAGGUAAAGCCCACAGUCUCAGCCCCUUUCAGGACUUCCACUGUGAGAGAAAAGAGCUGCUCUUCUCAGUUUUCGACCCCGUCAUCCCACUGUCUUUAAGCUCUGCGUCAUUCGUCGACCACGAGGGUUCGCCCACAGGUGAGCUUCUGGAGGGCAUCGAUGGGCUAACGUCCACAACACCCAGUAGCUCUCCACGCUCCAUCAGCUCGCUAUCGCAGGUGAGGGCAAGCCAGCUGCAGCGAGGCGCUGGAGGUGGAGCUCACAUUCUGAAGCCCCUCAUGUCCCCUCCAAGCCGGGACGAGAUCCUGAGCACCCUGCUGGACCUGGAGAUGUCAGAGGCCACGUUCCAGGAGCCCUUCUGCAGUGAUCCCUCUGAUGCUCCAGGAAAACCAAUGGAGGUUGGCGGCCGUAAGCUAACGGUGGGCACCAGAUUAACUAAGGAGCUCUCAGAGUUCAAUGGAGACUUGUCUUUGGAGGGCCUCCAUUUCUGGAAGACGGCCUUCUCAGCUAUGACGCAUCCAGCCGCCACUAUUACCUCAUGUUCCCAGGGAGCCGAGGCCCCAGAGACGACUAAAGAGCCGGCAGAGGUUGACCAAUCCUCAUCCAGUGACAAGAAGGUCGUCCUGCUGCCCUGCAAAAACCCACCAAGCCGCGAGCGUGUGCAGCUGUGGCUAGAAGCCAGGAAACAGUAUGAGAGUUUACAGAAAGGGAGGAGAGAGACGAAGGGGAGGAUUGGGCUGGAUGUGGAGGAGGGGAACUCAGAGAGAGCUGAGCAGCCAGCUGCUUCCAGCUGCCCGGCAGUGAAGGUUGAGCUGUGCGGGAACCUUUCCAGUAUCAGGGCUCAAAGGAGAAAGAAACGGAACCUGUCUUUAAUCAUAUCACCUUUAGUUAAUUCAGGCUCGCAAUGUAAAUCCACAGAGACAAGUCCUGUUUCAGAUGAAGGCAGUGUGGUUCUUGAGCAGGAGGACAAAGAAAAAGAUGAGGAUGAUGAUGAUAAAACCACUUCUCCAGAUUCCCCAGAGCUGCCUCCGUGGCAGCAGUCCUGUCAGGCCAGCCCCUCAGGCCCAGACCGUCUCAGCGAGAACAGGCCAAGCGAAAACUCUCCAGAACCACUAUCCCCUCGGCUCUCGAAUUCCCUGGAGAGACUAGGAGGGAGCCGCAGUCCCUCACUUCCCCAUAGCAGUGACAGGGAGGAGGGGAGGGCCAGUCCUCACCUCCUUCACAGCACCCCCUUCUUAAGGAGGCGGCGGAGAAGCAAGGAAGAUCUUGAACCAGUGUGCAGCACGCCCAUAUCUGAGGACGAUCCUGUUUCUCAGAGAAUCCAGCAGAGGAGGAGAAGUCAGGCGGAUCCACUGAGAAGAGUGUUGCUGACCACACAGAUGAAGAACCAGUUUGCUGCUUUGAAUGUGCCAAAGAAAGAUAACUCUCAGAUUGAAGGGCCCAGUAUAGCCAACUCGUACGGCUUCAAAGUCAGCAUGCAGAACCUGCAGGAUGCCAAAGCUCUGCAUGAGGUCCAGCACCUAACGCUGAUGGGCAUGGAACUCCAUGCAAGAACCCGCCGUGACCUCGAACCUGAUCCUGAGUUCGACCCCAUAUGUGCCUUAUUCUACUGCCUCAGUUCCGACGGUCCCCUGCCGGAUGCAGACGGCACCCAGUUGACGGGCGCCAUUGUGGUGGACAAGGACCAUCAAAGUUGUAGCCAAGCAGGUCGCAGAGAAACAGCACCGCUGCUGGUCAGGUCGGGCAUCUCUGGGCUGCAGGUGACGUACACCGCUGAGGAGAAGAUGCUGUUUCAGGAGCUGAUCGCCAUCAUUAGGAGGUUUGACCCGGACAUCCUGUUGGGAUACGAGGUGCAGAUGCACUCCUGGGGUUACCUCCUCCAGCGGGCUGCAGCACUCGGAGUGGACUUGUGUCAGCAGCUGUCACGAGUGCCAGGUGACUCCAAAGAGAAUCGCUUCGCUGCAGAGAGGGAUGAGUACGGAGCCGACACCAUGACGGAGAUUAACAUCAUAGGACGCAUCACACUCAACCUCUGGAGGGUGAUGAAAACCGAGGUGACGUUGAACAACUACAGUUUCGAGAACGUGGCCUUCCAUGUUCUCCACCAGCGCUUCCCCCUGUACAGCCCCCGAACGCUAUCCGACUGGUUUGACCACAACACAGACUUGUACAGAUGGAAGCUGGUGGAUCACUACGUGAGCCGAGUCCGUGGCUCCAUGCAGCUUCUGCAGCAGCACGACAUCGUCGGCCGAACCAGCGAGCUCGCCAGACUGUUUGGGAUUCAGUUCUUCCAUGUUCUGACCCGAGGGUCACAGUACCGUGUCGAGUCCAUGAUGCUCCGCUUGGCCAAACCCCUCAACUACAUCCCCGUGACCCCCAGCGUGCAGCAGCGAGCCCAGCAGAGAGCGCCGCAGUGCAUCCCCCUGGUCAUGGAGCCCGAGUCGCGCUUUUACAGCAACUCUGUGGUCGUGCUGGACUUCCAGUCGCUCUACCCCUCCAUCGUCAUCGCGUACAACUACUGCUUCUCCACCUGCCUCGGCCACGUGGACAGCCUGGGAACGCCCGAUGAGUUUAAGUUCGGCUGCACCUCCCUGCGAGUUGCUCCUGAGCUCCUCUACCAGCUCCGCAACGACAUCACCGUGUCGCCCAACGGCAUCGCCUUCGUCAAGUCGUCGGUGCGUAAAGGCGUCCUGCCCAGCAUGCUGGAGGAAAUCCUCAACACGAGGAUCAUGGUGAAGCAGUCGAUGAAAACCUACAAGCAGGACAAAGCCCUGAUGAAGCUGCUGGACGCCCGACAGCUCGGACUCAAGCUCAUCGCCAACGUCACCUUUGGCUACACCGCCGCCAACUACUCUGGACGGAUGCCCAGCGUGGAGGUCGGGGACAGCAUCGUCCACAAAGCCAGAGAGACCCUGGAGAGAGCCAUCAAGCUGGUCAAUGACACUAAGAAAUGGGGAGCACGUGUCGUGUACGGAGACACCGACAGCAUGUUUGUGUUGCUGAAGGGAGCCACCAAAGAGCAGGCCUUCAAGAUCGGCAAUGAGAUCGCUGAGGCGGUGACCGCAACAAACCCCAAACCGGUCAAGCUCAAGUUUGAGAAGGUGUACCUGCCCUGCGUGCUGCAGACAAAGAAGCGCUACGUGGGCUACAUGUAUGAGAGCCUUGACCAAAAGGAGCCCGUGUUUGACGCCAAAGGGAUCGAGACGGUGCGCCGCGACGGCUGCCCCGCUGUUUCCAAGAUUCUGGAGCGUUCCAUUAAGCUGCUGUUUGAGACGCGGGACAUAAGCCAGGUCAAGCAGUUUGUGCAGCGUCAGUGUGUGAAGGUUCUGGACGGCCGGGCCAGCAUGCAGGACCUGACGUUCGCCAAAGAGUACCGAGGCAGCGGCUCAUAUCGACCCGGAGCCUGCGUCCCGGCGCUCGAGCUCACCAGGCGUAUGAUGGCAUACGACCGCCGGCUGGAGCCCCGUGUGGGCGAGAGGGUUCCCUACGUGAUCGUGUACGGGACGCCCGGCGUGCCGCUCAUCCAGCUGGUGCGUCGGCCCAUGGAGGUGCUGCAGGACGCCGGGCUGCGCCUCAACGCCACCUACUACAUCACCAAGCAGAUCCUGCCGCCACUGGGCCGCAUGUUCCAGCUGAUCGGAGUGGACGUGUUCAGCUGGUACCAGGAGCUGCCCAGGAUCCAGAAGGCGUCUUGCUCCUCAGCGGUGGGUGGAGAGGAGGUGGGGAGGAAGGGAACCAUCUCCCAGUACUUCACCACGCUUCACUGCCCCGUGUGCGACGAUCUGACCCAGCUGGGCGUCUGCUCGAGGUGUCGCGCCGAACCUCAGCGAGUCGCCGUCACGCUCUACCAGGACAUGAGGCAGUGGGAGAGUCAGCAAGACCAGCUGCUGAAGAUCUGCAGGAACUGCAGCGGUUCUGCUGAGCGGCAGGUUCCCUGUGUGUCUCUGGACUGUCCCGUCCUCUACAAACUGUCCCGGGUCAACCGACAGCUCUCCAAGGCCCCCUACCUCCGACAGCUGCUGGAGCAGUUCUGAUCUCAACCCCGGAGCUCCUCGCUGAUUUGGUGCUAAUUGCUGUCCCCCUUCCUCCCCCCCACCCCCCCCUUAUCUCCCAUCUCAGUGUUUGAUUGUCCAUUCAGUUGUAAUAGUUUAAAUGGUGCUUUGAUUGAACCCUGUUGGGUUUCUCAUUCUGUCUUGUAACUGUUAUUUGUUAUACAAGUAUCUCUCUGCGUGUGCAGACUGUCGGCUUUCAGCCUCCUGUGGGGAGGCGUUGUGUGUUUCGUCGUCAUGCUUGUUUGCUGCAUCUCCGUUCGCUGCUACGAGCCGAGUGAAGCUGAUAUCUCUGAUGACACAGGCUGCCUGUCACCCAACAGUCCCAUCCAGGAUGAUUCGUGGUGUCUCGUUUGCGCUGUAGCAGUUUAAAGUCACCGGUUUUAAGGAGCUCCUUACAAAUCCCUAGACGAACUACAUUGAAACCACUAAUUGACUUUUCCUCAUUUUUAUAUUGACUGCAGUCUUUUGUAAAUAGUUCCUGUACAGCUCCAUCUAUAAUCUCACUGUGCAUUAGCAUUAAAAAAAAAAACCUAAAGCUCCGGCCAUGAAUGCAAUCAAAUCUGUUUUAUGCAUUCGGUAAAGGGUGCCAUUUUUCAUGUUUCUUUAACCUUGAUUGUAUUGAUGUCCAGUUUGGCAGAUUUGACACUUCACACUCUACAGAAAUGGGAACUGGAAAAUUAUUCAGUUUUUUUAAAAGAAAUCUGGGACUGUUGCAAUACUGUAUUUUGAUAAUUUAUGUCAUGAAGAGUCUAUUAUUUCCUUGUGCAUAUAUGGUUUUGUGUACGAUUCCGAUUUACUGUCUUCAAACUACAUCAAGAUCUGAUCUUCAAUUCCCCCUACAGCCGUACACAGGAUCUGUGUAUUUGUAUAAAUGUAAAAAAAUGAUAAUAAUAAUGAAGGAGGUGUUUUUUUGUUUGUUUUUAAUGGACAUUGCUGUGGGUGGAGGUUUGAGAUUGAUAUAAUAAAAAAAUCAAUGUAUUAAAA